AUGUCCUGCCUAAGGCGUCAGCCGGUUACCAUCCCAAUGGACACGGUCAAGAUCAUCCAGUCGGAGAAGUUCCCCAGGGAGUGCCCUGUGCCCGUCACCCAGCCCCGCUUCGCACCGCCACCCAGAGUGGCAUGGGACGGCGGGGGCGAAGGCGAGAUCAUCGUCAACCAGGCCUGCAGCGACCUGACGCUCGACAUAGCGGUGCCACCACCCAGGCCCAUGGUGUCCCCCAGUGCCCCGGCCCUCCGCAGGGAGCAGAGCUUCCUAGCGCAGCGCAAAACCAGUGCCAACGAGAUCUGCUACCACCAGUUCCACUACAAGAUGGAGGACGUCAUCGUCAACCAGUAUGUGCUGCGCUCCUCCUCCACCUCGUCAUCCACUUCCUCGUCAUCGUCCUCUGGGCCGGUCAUGCCCUGCGAGCCCCUUGACUGCCCCACCUGCGGCCACACCUACAACUUCGCCGGCAAGCGCCCUCGCAUCCUGUCCUGCCUGCACUCGGUGUGCGAGGAGUGCCUGCAGAUCCUCUACGAGUCAUGCCCCAAGUACAAAUUCAUCUCCUGCCCCACCUGCCGCCGCGAGACGGUGCUCUUCACCGACUACGGCCUGGCGGCCCUCGCCAUCAACACCAGCAUCCUGAGCCGGCUGCCCGCCGACCCCAACGGGCCGGUGCAGUGGGGUGGGGACGCUGACCGCAGCUGCUACCAGACUGUGCGCCAGUACUGCCAGUCGGCCUGCACCUGCCAUAUCGCCAACCCGUUGUCCUCCUGCGGCAUCAUGUAGAAACGCUGCUCAGCCACACCUUUGUCGACUAUAAGCUCUCCCUCUCACACACAUAUUCAGUAAAUAACCCCCCUUCCCCCCCACAGAUGAGUGAUCUCUAUAUAUUUAAUAGCACAGACGGAUGCUGUGUGGUGGACCAAUGGAUGCAGAUGGUUCAAUAAAUAUAAAUAUAUGUAUUUUAUGUAUGGACUGGAAUCCUGUUCACCUCUCGUUUGGUUGGAUGUGUUUGUCAUCUCUUUUCAUGGGAAUGCCAGGUGCCCCAAUAAAAACUAAAUUCAUGAAAAAA